UUGAUCGCCGGGAGAAUACCCGGGCGAACUGACAAUGAAAUAAAGAAUUAUUGGAACACGCAUUUAAGCAGGAGAAUAAUGCAAGAUGGUUACAAGAUUCUGCAAGAUUCCUAUAAACAAGAUGGCGAAUUGAUCACAGAUGAUGAUGAGGGAAGUAACUGGUCGGAAUUCACUCAAGGAACAGGACAGGAAAUUCAUGAUCACUCGGCGAUUCGGACAAAAGCAAUGAGGUGCUCAGAUGCUUUUAUCCCAAAGCAACUUGACAUUGCAAUGGAGAAAAAUGCUAGUACUGUCAUCCCUGAUUGGGGCAGUGAUCAAAGCGGAAGUUCUUUAGCCCAGCAAGAGGAGAAUUCCGAUGAGAAUUUUCUCAUGGAUUAUGUUGUGAAUGAUCUUUUGAUAUCUGAUCACAAACACUCAUGUUUAGAUAGCCACCAAGAUAGAGAGUUAAAUGAAUGUGAGAAUAUGGUGGAUGGAGAAAUGGACCACGCCAAGAACAAUAUCAUGUCUAGUUGUGAAGAUUUUCUUAUUUCUGGACAUGAUCAAGCCAUGCGUGAGAAUUGGAGGCCGCAGACUGAACCUAAUUCCCAACCAAAUGAUGCUUUGGAUCUCAAGACAUUGACAUCUCUUCUAAAUUUAGAAGAUGACUGGAUUAUAAGCUGAACAAAACAAACAAGUUUACUCAAUUAGUGCUGCUACGUACACGGACCACUGGGUUCCACGAAUAAGUUGUGAAUGAUCUUGACAACAUGUGGCUAAAAUUCUGCUUAAUUUCCAAUAACAGAUCGAAUGUGCAUGGGUUAGUUUUUAGGUUAAUUUUUAGCCCGUUAUAAAUUACUGCAGCAUGCAUGGAUCGAAUAAUUAGUAGUGUCAUGUAUUUCUGUAAUUUUGUAAGUAUAAAUUAAUAAGACUGUACGUCGUGGCUCAGAUCACAAAUGUACUAGA